AAUUCAAAUGCAUUGGUAAAUGCAUAUAGUUUUUAUUAUAAUUCAUUGUUGCCUUAUGCCUUGCCUCGGUUGAUUUUGUUUUAUUAGGUCUAAAGGUGAAGUGCAAACAACAUUCUUAUGCCAUGAAGGAUUCAUGGGCACUCUGGGUGCAUUUUGGAGCUAUGAAAAUAUGGGAAUUCAUGACUUGGCAGCCAAUGAUUUCAUAAAAGAAGUAUUGCUAUCCGCCCCUUAUAUGAUAGGGAAAGCUCAGGUUUCACCCACAAUGAACUUAAACAUGAAGAAUGAAUCAAGUCUGAAAGAAGAGGUGAAAAGACUAAGGCAUAAUAAUGCGGAGCUCAGAGCUGAACUCGAAAGACUGAAGCAAGAAAACAUUGAGCUCAAAUCUGCACUGUCUAAGUUGCAGAUUAAGAAUAAAUCGCAAUAGGAACAUGAAGGUAAUAGUUCUACUUAAAUAAUUUUACUGCAAGAACGAAUCAAUAGGUCAAGAAAUUUACUUCAGUAUGUUUUUUUCCUGAUCUUCUUUUUUAAUAAUUAUGUAUAAUUAUUAUCUUACAUUUCGUUUGGGACGGCUUUCUUACUGCUUUUUAAAGUAGUUUCUUAGUACAAAAAUUUUAAUUUUUGUACUAAAAUUUUAUUUUAAGAAGCAGUAAGAAAGCUGUCCAAACGAAGCCGUGGCUCUAAAGGCUUUCAAGUGUUGAAUAAGAGAAUUUACGUGAGGCAGAAAAUUUAUUUUGUA